GAAAUCCGCCAUGUUUUUUAAAACACCAAUCAGAUUGCGUGACGUCACACCGUUGUAAAUACUGUUACUGUACUUACUGUGUGGUCACUCUGUCACUGAAUUCUAUUAAAAAUUUCGACUAUCAUAAGAUCUAUCUCCAUUUGUUGCUUAGUUCCAUGACUAAUUAAGCCAUGGAACAAGGAUUUACUAAGGCAAACAGUUCCAAUUUGCCCCGAGUGGAUGUGUUAAUGCUGGGACAGUUCCUGGCAUCAAACAAAGACUUCUGUUCAGCAGAAUCCAGAAAUGUAAAAACUGCAGUAUCCUCCAGGCCAUCGUAUGGUGAUGAUGCCGUAAGCUACGUUCAGUUAAAACGCGAUGGCAAUCUAUGUGUGGUGAAGACAAAAAUCUGCCCGGAACAGAAAGUGCACGGAAGCUUAUAUAGAGUAACAUUAAUAGUUGACGAAGUCAACGAAACAGUUGUAUCGGUGCAAUGCCAUGACUGUAUUGGAUCACAAGGAGGCUGCAAACAUGCUAUAGCUUUUCUUAUGUGGGUCCAUCGCAGGAGUGAAGAACCAUCCAUUACAUCAGUUGAAUGUUACUGGAUGAAAUCUAAGCUAUCGAGAGUUGGAACUACCAUAAAGUAUAUAACAGCAAAAGACUUAUCUAAUGGUAAGCCUAGUUUGCCAACAAAUACUGUAGUAUUUGAGAAGUUUAUUGAGGAAGGAAGGAAAAGGCCACUUCACAAUUGUGAAUUGAUUAAAUUUCAGGAAGAUUAUGUGCCUAAUACAGUAAAUACAUUCUCCAUGCACAAAUUGGUAUUUAAAUAUAAGGAAAGAUCCUGUGACACUUUCUUGGAAAAACUUUUGUUUAAUGACAUAGAUGUUAAAUUGGUUGAGGAAAAAACAAGACAACAACAUCAAAGUGGUCUUUGGCACGAAUUAAGAUAUGGAAGGGUGACAGCUUCACGAGCAUAUGAAUUUAGUAGGUGCAAAACUACUGAUGGAACACUGAUCGCUUUGAUAAUGGGUGGAAGAAUUCCAGACACCAAUGCCAUGAAACGUGGCAGACUGUUGGAAGAUGAAGUAAGAGAAACCGUCUCUACCAGUCUGGGGAAAACAAUUAAUAAAUGUGGCUUAUUUAUAAGUAAAAAAUAUCCCAUGAUAGCGGGAUCACCAGAUGGGGUCUGUGAUGACAGCAUUAUAGAAAUAAAGUGUCCAGUAAGUACUAAGACUUACAAAAAUUAUGUCAUUAAUGGAAAACCAACCAAAAAGUUUUACGCUCAGAUGCAGAUACAAAUGUAUUUGUCACAUCAUCACAAAGGUUACUUUUGUGUUGCUGACUGUAAUUAUAGUGUGAACAAAAAUGUAAAUAUAAUAAGUGUGAAAUAUGAUGAAAAAUAUGUUUCAGAACUUAUUUUGGCUUUAGUCAGUUCAUGGAAGUAUACUGUGUACCCAUUAUUGUACCAAUGUGUAAUUUAG